GGCGGGGCGUAGGGGGGCGUUAAAGGCGCCGCGUCCCCGCGCUGGAGCGGCGGGGCCAUGGCGUACCAGGGCUUCGCGCAGGAGUACCUGGGCAUGCCCGCCGUGACCCGCGCGUACACCACCGCCUGCGUGCUCACCACCGCCGCCGUGCAGCUGGAGUUCAUCACCCCCUUCCAGCUGUACUUCAACCCCGACCUCAUCUUCAGGAAGUUCCAGAUAUGGAGGCUGAUCACCAACUUCCUCUUUUUUGGGCCCCUGGGAUUCAGUUUCUUUUUCAACAUGAUAUUUCUGUACAGGUACUGCCGCAUGCUCGAAGAAGGCUCCUUCCGUGGAAGGACAGCUGACUUUGUCUUCAUGUUCCUCUUCGGAGGGUUUCUCAUGACACUAUUUGGACUCUUUGCCAGCCUGUUUUUCCUGGGCCAGGCUUUCACCAUCAUGCUGGUGUAUGUGUGGAGUCGCAGGAAUCCUUAUAUCCGCAUGAACUUCUUUGGGCUUCUUAACUUCCAGGCCCCCUUCUUGCCCUGGGUCCUGAUGGGAUUCUCUCUGCUCCUGGGCAACUCCAUCAUCAUUGACUUGCUGGGGAUUGCAGUGGGUCACAUCUAUUAUUUCUUGGAAGAUGUUUUCCCCAACCAGCCUGGAGGAAAGAAGUUGCUGUUAACCCCUGGCUUUCUGAAGAUGGUAUUUGACACACCUGAAGAGGAUCCCAACUAUAACCCUCUGCCUGAGGAUCGUCCAGACCACCAACCCAGAGGCCAAGACCAGAACGAGCAGCAUCCACAGUAACACAGGGGACUUCUUCCUGUGGCCAGAUUCCUCUCUUCCGGCUGGACUGAUGCUGUGGCCCAGAGAUCCCACUGGAAUAACACCAGUUGCCAUUCCGACGUGUAACGUGUCACUGUCUGUCUGGGUAACCCAUCCUCCCCUUGUACCGAGCGGAUCCACAGAGCUUUGCACGUGAGAACUGAUGAAUACUAAGAGGUGUUCUAGGGACAGGGACUGAAGCUGUGACAGCUCCUCAGUUACUCAGUGGGGAAUAAGUAUCAAAUGGGGUGUUAAACCAAUUACUCCUUCUCUUUCUGUUAAUGACUUGCUGUGUGCCAGGUCACUCUUGCCCUCUGUACAAAGACUAAUGCACCUGGCCCUCACUGUUGUGAGACCUCUUUGUGGGCUUUCAAUGAAGUAGUACUGUACCAUGGUAGAAUGCAGCUCAGCCUCUUCCUCUCCUUUACCCCACUCCUUUUUUGGUGGUUGUUUCCAAAGAGUCUUUACAUUAAAGUCUUUAUUUUUCGG